UUCUGUCAGUUGUAGUAGCAAACGUGAUAUACUGGUACUCGGAAGUAGGAACUAGAUUGAGGGGAAUAUUAACGAUGUGACACCGUUACCAUGGAAACGCAGGGGCUCCACACGGACGCGCAGUGAAAAAAGGGGGAAGAAUAACAAAAUGGACUCGGAGUAUUUAAAGAAUCAUCUGGGGAGAUGUCUGGUGGAAGGACUAGCAGAAGUGGCGGAGCAGCGACCCGUGAACCCUGUUCUGUAUCUGGCUCACUGGCUCUACAAGUACAACUCCAAUGAGAAAUACGAGGCUGAGAAAAAAGCCUCUUUGGCACUCCUGGAACAGGAGAAGGAGAAAGCUGCAGAAGAGCUGCAGCACCAGGAGAAGCUGAAGGAGGAGGAGCGAAAGAUCAGCGAGGCCUUGGAGGAGUCGAAAAGAAUCUAUGAGGAGAAGAAGCCGAUGGUGUCUGAUGCAGCAGCCACUGGAGCUGCUGAGGAUAAACCUGGACAAGAAGAGAAACCAAACACUCCUCAAGUGGAAAACCAGCAACCCACAGACGAACAACAAACUGAAGCACAAGAAAAUGGCACUGAGCAGGAGGUGAAGUCUGAAGAUAAACCAGUAACUAAUCCAGAGUCCUCCAAGAGAAAACCAGUAGAGUCCAGCAGCUCUUCGUCAUCUGAAGCCCUCAGCGCUGAUGUCAAAACGGAGGCUGGAGAACCACCUGAUGAAAGAAACGAAGUAGAGACGAAGAAUGAUGAAGUAGAGGAGAAAACAGACGUGGAGGCAAAGAGUGAUCCAGUAGAAGAGAAAACUGAUGAGGAGGAGAAAAGUGCUGAAGAAAAAGAAGUAAAAGACGACGACCGAGAUGAGAAAAAGGAGGUCGAUCGAUCUGAAUCUGCUCAACCUGAACAAACUGAGCUGCUGAAAUCGUCUCCCAGACGAGAUGUCAGCGACUUAAAAUCAAAUGAAACGGAAGAGCUGAGCGACAGACGAAGUCCUCGUACCCCUGACCAUCCGGACACAGAGAAAGUGAUGCCGCUGAUAUCCAGGGUUGAUGAAGAAGAAAAAGAGCCUGGUAAACCUGAAGAUUCUGUCCAAGAGGAGUCAACCUUGGCUCCACAGAGCGACGACAUCAAACCAGAGGAGACGAUUCUUAACGAAGAGCAAGAAGAACAGACGACAGAAACUGGAGAGGAGACACAAAAAUCAAGUUCUCCUCGUCUCCAUGAGCCGGAACAGGAGGAUGAUGAGCAACAAACGCCUGAGACGGCCGAAAACUCGACUCCAGCUGAAACUGACCUAACAACAGAAGAAAAAACACAGAAUGAAAGACCGGCGAGUUCACAAGAAGAAGCUGAAAAACCUCCAUCUGACGGGGAAGACUCCCAGCAGAAGGAAGAAGAAAAAGAAGAAGCAGACCCAACAGAAUAAAUCACAGCUUCUGUGUGCGCACAGCGGCCCUAUGUUUAUGGAUCUGCAAAUAUUAAACAUUAAACAAAUAUUUAUCACCCA